AAGGAAAAUUCCCAUUCCCCCCUUUAUCUGUCUUCCUUUGGAAGCCUUAAGGGUAGAAAAUCCAAAUAAAAAGAGCCCCAAAUUCACAUGAAUGUUGUCACCCAGAAGCAAAGAUGCCGAUUGAAAUGCCCAAAGGGCUGCCUUUCUCAGUGGACACAUUCACUCCAUCUUCCAAGAGAAAAAGACACCAUUUCUUGACCCAUGCUCAUAAAGACCACACUUUUGGCAUUUCCUCUCACUUUUCUUAUCCAAUUUACUCUACCCAUCUCACCAAAUCCCUUGUUCUUAUAAACUACCCUCAGCUUGAUGAUUCUUUGUUCGUGGGAAUUGAAAUUGGGGAAUCCAUUGUUAUCGAUGACCCGGAUGGGGAAUUUCAGGUUACAGCUUUUGAUGCUAAUCAUUGUCCCGGAGCAGUUAUGUUCUUGUUUGAAGGCAGUUUUGGUAACAUCUUGCAUACUGGAGACUGUAGACUCACCCUCGAGUGCCUCCAAAAUUUACCUGAGAAGUAUAUUGGCAGUAAAGGAAAAGAGCCACAAUGUUGUUUUGAUUAUCUUUUCCUAGACUGUACUUUUGGUAGAUUCGCCCGGAACCUGCCCAGCAAGCAUUCAGCAAUCCGUCAGGUUGUACAUCCUAUAUGGAAGCAUCCAAAUGCACCCAUUGUGUAUCUAACAUGUGACCUUCUGGGUCAGGAAGAGAUUCUUACCAGUGUAUCUGGAACCUUUGGGUCCAAGAUUUAUGUUGAUAAGGCAACCAAUCCUGAUUUUUUCCAAUCACUGAGUAUCAUAUCUCCUGAAAUUCUUUCGGAAGAUCCGACUUCUCGUUUCCGGUUGUUUGAUGGUUUUCCUAAACUAUCUGAACGAGCAACAGUAAUGCUUGCGGAGGCCCAAGCUAAAUUUCAGCAUGAGCCCCUCAUUAUACGACCUUCAGCAAUGUGGUAUGCAUGUGAGGAAGAGCGUUUAGAAGCUGAUAGUCGAAGGAAGAUGAGAUUUAAUGAAGCAAUAAAGGAUCAGUUUGGUGUUUGGCAUGUCUGUUAUUCAAUGCAUUCAUCAAGGAAUGAACUAGAGUGGGCUUUGAAAAUUCUUGCUCCUAAAAGAGUUGUGUCAACAACCCCCAGUUGUCGAGCAAUGGAGUUGGAUUAUGCUAGGAAGCAUUGUUUGGAUUCCCAUGUAAGUUCUGAUGAUUCUCUUUGGAAGCUUCUGGACAUUGAUAUGAAAGCUUGUCCACCAGUAAAUUCACCUGUCAAAACUGUAGCUUGUCCUCCCAAGGUUAAUGAGCUCACUCAAAAUUGUGCAGAACCUGUACUGCAGCCUAUUAUCAUAUCAUCUUCUCCAAGCAAAAGGCCGCCUGUAACACUUUUUGGUCGGGCAAGGCUUAGUCUCCAUGAUCCUAAUUUUCUACCCGAGGAAAAAAGCAUAUUUACAAAAGACAACCCUCUAUGUGUUGUCGAUAAAAUGAAACAGGUAUUUGUAAUCCAGAACACCAAUGAAGAUUCUGAGAAUGGAUUGGAAAUCAAAAUAGAGGCAGAAGCUUCUGCACUGCAAUGUGAGAACUCUGUGACUAUGGAAACUUUUGAGAAAAGAUUAGAAAACAAGCUAGAUGCAGUUGAUCAUCUUGUGCAAGGUGAGGAGAUUGGACGGGAUACUUAUCAUGAGUACAGAUGCGAAAACAAACAGGUGGAUGAGACCACAAUGCAAUCUGAGAACCUAUCGAGCGAGGAAACUAGUAACAAGUGUUCUUACUCUAUUGGAUCUUCAAGGGGAUAUAGUGACAACUUUCGAAAGUUGUACAGGUCAAUGUAUGCACCUGUGCCUAAACCUCUUCCUUCUCUGGUGGAGCUAAGAAAUGCAACCAAACGGUGCCGGAGACUUUAAUUUGUUAUGGUCCUAAUCCUAUGAUAGCAUAACUCUACUGGCUUUCAGACUUCAAUUAUGCUAAUGUAUGUUACUUGCAGAAUGAUGCAGAGACAUCACCGUCCAAACUAACACUACCAGUUAUUCUUGCAUCACAAGUUGGAUUCAACUGUGUUUUAGGCGAAUUUGGGCAAGCUACCAUGGGCGUGGGGUCACCAUUGUUGUUGUUAUACACAUUCUUUAUCUUCAGAAUAAUAAGGGUGUAUUAUUUCUGAUGAUACACUUAAAUCUUAUACUACAAACAAGGGGUGAAACUACUCCAUAUCAUCACUCAUAUUCUUUAUCUCUU